AAUCAAAGAAUUAUUCCUGAAUUAUAAAUUUUCAAACAUUUUCGCCCUCGCUUCGCACGAGCAGGAUCAUUUUCCUUUUCCUUUCUCUAACCAAAGUUACAGAGUAGAAAAAUUGACUUCUCGCACAAAAAAAUAAUAUGUUUUACUUGAAAUCCCCCCCCCCCGCAAAGUCCUCUCUAAUACAUUCCAGUCAAAAACUUCCAGAAAGUCCCAACUUCUGCUGAAAUAUAAAAAAAUGCCCCAUUUUUUUUUUUUUUUGUUAAAAAUAUAAAAGUCAUGUCCUGAAAAGAAUGUAGAAUUGUGAAUUUUCGAGAGCCUCAUUUAUGCAUUUUUUAAAAUGCCAAAAAGCACAAAAUUUUGGAAUUGAAACUUCUUUUAUUGAAAAUGAAUUUUUUGCACCUCUCAAAUUGUAAAUUUUCUGAUGCUUUCACCCUCACCUCGCUCGAUCAAAAUCGAAAAUGUUCUGUUCUCUUUUUAAAUUUAAUUUUUAAAUACCAAAAUUCUAAAAAAAAAAAAACACGAAAAAAUUGAGAAUUUUUGAUUUUGGUAUUAACCUUGCAAUAGAACAAUUCAAAUUUUUUGUCGAGUAUAAAAGCAUCGUUUUUGAACGUUUAAAACUAGGUAUUCAACAUACCCCUUCCAAAAAUGGUUUGAACCACGCCUGGCUAAUUAGCCCGAAAAAUACUAGAGGGACGGGAGGGGGGUUCCGGGGUAAAUAGUUGGGAAAACCUGGCGAAAUACAUAGCUGGGAAAAUUUCAGGUUCACCCCAUCCCCUUCCCCCCAUCGACACAUCACUUUGUCAUGCUUCUGCAAAAAUGUAACUAAUGUAUGUUUUAGUUGAGUCAAUUCCUCGGGUUAUCAUCCUCAACAACAGAGAAUAAUCAGGUAAGUAAAGAUCAAGAUGAACUUAACGAAAGGAAAAAAGGUCAAAGAGUAAUUAUUUGAGGAGUUGCGAAUACUUUUGGAAACACUUGAACUGGCAAAAGAUCUGAAUGCACAAUGCACACAAGACUCAAGCAAAUGGCUUAAAGAAUGCCAAUUUUCCCACCUACCGAAAUUCGAAAUCAAUCCAGCUUCUUGAAAAAAUUGGGCCCUUGAAAAUUCGAUUUUACCCAACCAGUAUCGAAAUGAGGCCUCGAAAAGAGAUUCCAUACAUUAUUCUUUUCUGCUGAUUCAAAUCUAAAAUUUUUAUAAAAAGCACAAUUUUUAAUAUUUUAUGAAGUGAAAAAUCUAAAAAUCCACUACGGGCUUCAGAAUCAGAACAACCUGAGAAACCUGAAAAAUUUCAAGAAAAUGGGGAUUGCAUGCUUGAAAACUAAAACUUCUUAAUAUGAUGUACCUUAUAGAGGGUAUUUCUAUCUUUUCUCUCCCUGGUUACCCAAUCCAGCCUUUUUGUACCUAUUGGGGACCCAGGGAGGGAAAAGAUGGAAAUACGCUCUACAUUGGCGCCCAACAUGUGGGGCGCCAAUAACGUGUGGGGCGCCAAUGUAGAGGGUAUUUCUAUCUUUUCCCUCCCCAAUCUGGGUACCCAAUCUGGCCCUAUCAUUCCUAUUGGGGUCCCUAGCUUUGGAAACUUAACAGGCUUUGCCUGAGCUUCGCCUUAUGAUAGAACUCCACAGUGUGAAACUACCCCAAUAAGCCACAAGAACAUACUAGGUAUAGUGGUAUGUUUUAUUGGUCAGUAGUGCACUUGCAUAGAUGGUAAUUGGUAAUACCAGUGUAUACGAUGCCGUCAAUACCUGACCUACCUACUGUCAGUUUCUGCUGAGCAUCUAGUUUAUGAGCUGUGUAUCCAGCGUUAAACGGUUAAAGAUACCUUCGCCUACAGGAAAACAAAACUGCAAAGAGGCAGCUAUCUGCGGCUCCGGCUUGGUCUCUGUGGUACUACACCACCAGAGAGUGCUGAUCUUCCUAGAAGAAUCAGUGUAGCCUCCGCCUAGGCAUAAAGUUCCCAACUAGGUGGGUAACUUGGAGUCCAAAGUCCCCACUACAACCUUAUAACAAUACAAUAAUUUUCACAAGUUCAGCUUAUUUUCUUACAGCAAGAAAACAUUAGGCCCCAAACACCACAGUUCAAACCUUCAAUCCAGCAGAAUGUUCCCAAAGGUCACAUCGCUAUACCUUCUGGAAUGCUCAAGGUUCAUACCAAUUAGACUAACCGCAGUGCAAAAAGCUCGAUAUUUUGAUACAAAAUUACGAUCAUUUUGUUUUUUACCACACAGAAACAAGAAUCAUUUAAACCCACUUUCAAUUUAAGCGUCAACAAGGAGAAUAAAGAGAAAGUAAUUUUCAACUUUCCAAUCAUCAUACUUCGUAAUCGCAGAUACCUUAAUUUUUAGACUGUUCCUAUAACUUUUUCAGGCCAAUAAUAUCUUCAAUUGCCAAGAACCAAAUGAAAUAAUUAAAAAAAUGCGCGAAUACUUGGAAAACCCUGAUUCGACUAUAGAAGAUAAAUUCUACAUUGUUUUGAAAUUAGAUGACAUGGUAAGUGUCUGCGAGACGAUUUAUUUUUUACCGUUUUCCCGAUAAGUUUAUUCCUACAAGUCAAAUGUUUCGAAUUUUGUACCUACAGUUUGAUCAUUUACAUGAAAUCGAAGACGAUGAUACAAAAUUAAAUGUACUCCAUUCAAUAAUUAAUGUGGUAAGUGUUGAAAUGUACUACUCGGUCAAUCUCAUUUAGGCACAUAACUCAUUUUAUAAAUUGCAAAUAUGUACUUGAACUCAUCGACAUUCAUUUUCCUAAAAAUAAUCCGUAAUUUUUCAGGGCGGUUAUAAAAAAUUCGCAGAAAUUUUCAAUAAAUUAAAAUCAGUAAGAACGAUUCCAAUAAUUGAUGACAAAAACAAUAAAAUCAGACUCGAGUAAAAAGAUGAUAUUUUCACACAUUUUUUAACCUGCGAAUAAUUUAAUUUCAGAGUAGAAACAGAGACGAUCGUGAUUUGGCGCACUUCUUCGAAAACGUAAAAAAAAUUUAGAUUUACCAAAACAGGCAUAAAAUUUGAUUUUUUUCACAAUGGGUAUUUGAAUUUUUCAGAGUCAAAAUACCUUAUCCGAUCGAAUUCACUCCAUUAACAGAAGUAUUCGCCAGAAAAACGUGGAACAAGAGACUCUUUCUGACAAUUGUUUCGUUACUCGUCCAAUAGGUGAAAAAAUAGGCAACAGUAUGCUCUACCGCAAUACAUGGAAUCCAGAAUCGGAUGAUGAUUUUUAUAAAUUUUGCUAUGACGAUGAAACUGUAACUAAGGCAACUAAAGCUAUGAUGAUAAAUGAUGCAGAUUCUAUGCACUUCAAAUUAUUUCGAAUUAAAUCAAACUCAAACAGUAUGCUACCCCGAGGUCCAAUGUACAAAUGGUAUACUAUUGUGAAAUUAUAUAACAUGCAUGAAAAUCUUAAAGCAGAGAAAACAGAUGAAAACUCAAAAUCAGAACAAGAAGGAGAAAAACCAAAACCUGAGAAGGAAGCUGAAAACCAAAAUGAUAAAAAAGAACUGGUUGACUUGAUGACGGAAAUGGGAGAAAAUACACAAUACGAAAGAAUAUUUGAAAGUCUUAAAGCAGCAGAUAAGCCUCUCUUGACAAAAAUUUGGACAGCAUUCAAAGAUAACGGGAAGAAGCCGGAAGAAAAUAAUCCAUACCAGCGAUGGGGUAGCAGCAGAUUUCCCUGGAUGUGGUCCAGAUUCAGAACUUGGUCCAAUCGUUAUUAAGCUAAUUUAUUCCUCAAAUCAGUGUUAAGACAAAAUGAAUAAAGAAAGCAACGAAACCUUGAUAUCGUCAAUUUUUUCCUUUCAUAACUAACACUCUACUUUCUUACUCCUAUUUUGGUUCAUUUUAUAACCCUAUAUGUAGGUAACG